CAUUCCUCAACCAAUAGAAAAAAUGACAAGCCAAGUCGAAAGUAUACUAGAGCCAUGGCACGAUCUGACCGGAAAGGUGGUGUUUGUGACCGGAGCAUCAUCUGGAAUUGGCAAAGAAUUCUGCCUUGAUUUAGCGAGAGCGGGUUGCAAGAUAAUCGCUUCUGCUCGGCGGAUUGAUUUACUCAAAUCCCUCUGUGAUGAAAUUAAUAGAAUGGACAUUUCUUCUGGAUCUGGAUCUCAGUCUGUACCCGAAGCAGUACCCAUUCGGGCUUUUGCAGUGCAGUUGGAUGUGAGUGCGGAUGAGGCUACCAUCAAGGCGGCAGUUAAAAAGGCAUGGGAUGCAUUUGGGCGUAUUGAUUCAUUGAUAAACAAUGCUGGAAUCUCAGGUGAACCUCGUAACCCACUGGAUUUCGAAGAGGAAAAAUGGAACUAUAUCUAUAGGACAAACCUAACAGGGUCAUGGUUGGUGGCAAAACAUGUUUGUAUGUAUAUGCGUCAUGCUAAACGUGGUGGUUCGGUGAUCAACAUUUCAUCGAUUGCGGGCACUAAUCGUGUUUUUCUGCCCGGAGGAGUGGCAUAUGCGUCUUCAAAAGCAGCGGUUAAUACCAUGACAAAGGUGAUGGCAAUGGAAUUGGGAACCGACAACAUAAGAGUGAACUGCAUAAACCCUGGAAUUUUCAGAACGGAGAUCACCGAAGGGCUAGUAGAUAAGACAUGGAAGUUGUUUCAUUGCGGAUGCUGCCGUCGUACCUCUUUGUUGCUAACCGAAGCGUCAAGCAGCCAUCGCUUAACUGUUUUCGUUGCUGUCCCUUCUUGCGAGAUCGUGGGUGACUUGAGGCUUAGCGUUGAGAUCGGAGGUCGUGGCUACUUAAAACCUCUUCUUCUUCCUGUUUUCUUUUCUACGUUGUUUCAGCUCCAUCUAACGGCCGUCGCCGUCCAUGUGGCCCUCAACGACGUCAUAUUCAUCGGUCACUACUUGGUUCGUUGCUCCAGCCGUUUUUCUGCCACCAUUGGGGCUCCAUGUGGUUGUCUCAGUUGUGACCACCUGUUAUUUUCAAAUCUAUAA